CUGGGCCAGGCGCAUGCGCAGAAGGCGUGACCUCAAAGGCGGGAAAAGAUGGAGCGACUCGAAGCAGACUUGCCCUGCGCAGAGUUGAGUGACCAGGCGGCCCCAGCCUUGGCGCAGGAGGAGAAGCAGCCUGUCUCUGAGGACAGCCGUACCACUGAGGAAUCCGGCGGAGGCCCGGCCAGAAGUCAGAUUUCUAGCCCUUGUAUCUCCACCUCCAGUGCUAGCCACCAACUGCCAGUGCUGGAAGGGAAGGGAGGACUCUACUUUUCCUCUCUGGACUCAAGCAUCAACAUUUUAAAGAAGAGAGCCCAGGACCUGAUUGAAAACAUCAAUGAGAACAGACAGAAGGACCACGCACUCAUGACCAACUUCAGGGACAGCCUCAAGAUCAAGGUCUCAGAUAUGACAGAGAAGUUAGAGGACAGGAUGUACCAGGUCUAUAGCCAACAUAGCAAGAUCAUUCAGGAAAGGAUGCAGGAAUUCACCCUGAAAAUGACAAAGAUUGGCCACUUGGAGACAGAGCUCAAAGAAGCAUGCCACACCGUAGAGACUGUGUACAAGGACCUGUGCCUGCAGCCUGAGGCCACCACUUUAGAAGAGCAGAUCUACAAAGAUGUGGAAUGCUGACCGAAUGACCGAGAGGUUCACCGCCUAGUGACAGCCACCCAAAGAAGGCUGAGCACCCACCUUCAGGCCACACUGAUUGCUUUUUGUAGUUCUAUAGUUUUAUAAUGCAAUUGGGCCAAAGCAAAACAAAACAAAACAAAAAAAAGUUCCUGAUGCCAAACCCCAAGAUGCAGCAGGUGUAGGCCCCACUGUGGGCCCAGCCUUAGUCUGCACAUUGAAUUAAACAUU